AUGGAUGCGAUCCUCACCAUAGCGCUGCGCCACGUGCGCGCCUUCUUGGAGGGCACACGCGAUUGCAUGAGAGACAUUGCAGACAUGGGGAUUUCGUCCUGCUUCCGCUCCUGGUCGCACCUCUUCUUCUACUUGGGCAAGAUAUUGCCCGGGUGCAUCACAGCGGCCCAAGAGGGCGAAGUGUCCGAGGAUAAUCAAUCGGCACGAGAGUGCAUUGUGGAGGUCCUACAGAUCAUCGACACAGUGAUCACCACCGUAUUCAUCACCGCCAAGCAAUUUCGCGAGAGGCCGGAGUACCCUGUGACCAUGGUCCGCUUCUUCGAGUUCAUCAGUGUCAUGCUGCCGCUCUUUUCUUCCGUCUGGGACGCUGGCUGGGACGAGAGGCUUCAAAGCGACGAGGCUCCGUUGGUAGCCACCCACGACCAAUGGUUUUCGGACUUCUUCCGCUUUGCUGCGGAGAGUGACGCUGGCCUGGACAAGCAAGGACUGUACCUCCUCUCCUUCCAAAAGGACUUGUGCAAGAAUUUGCUUCGGGGCGGCACUCUGCUCGAUGACCAAAAGAAUGAGCUGGCCGCCUUCUUCCCAGGAGUCAGUGGCAAUCUUGGCCUGGAGUGGCACACCAACCUGCCUUCGAGUCUGGGUGCUUUCAAACCCGCGAAGGAGAAAGAAAAGGAGGAGGAAGAGAAGGAGGAGGAUGAGAAGGAGGAGGAAGAGGGCGACGAGAAUGGCGACCUCGAGCACACAAACCAAACCGCCCUCGACCAGUACCACCUCUUCGUUGCUAUCGAGUUGGCUGAGCAAGAAGGAAGCCAAGCCGGCUUCCAGCACUUUCAGAUCACCGUCGGCGGCCCUUCAAAUGUGGGCUUCAUCUGCACCGGCUAA